AUGGGCAGACGGACAGUCAGACAGACGGGCAGACGGACAGUCAAACAGACGGACAGUCAGACAGACGGGCAGAAGGACAGUCAUACAGACGGACAGAUGGACAGUCAGACAGACGGGCAGACGGACAGUCAGACAGACGGGCAGACGGACAGUCAGACAGAAGGACAGACGGACAGUCAGACAGACGGACAGUCAGACAGACGGGCAGACGUACAGUCUGACAGACGGAUAGUCAGACAGAUGGACAGACGGACAGUUAGACAGAUCAGUACAGUCAGACAGACGGGCAUACGGAUAUUCAGACAGACGGACAGUCAGACAGACGGACAGACGGACAGUCAGAAAGACGGACAGUCAGACAGAAGGACAGACGGACAGUCAGACAGACGGGCAGACGUACAGUCUGACAGACGGGUAGUCAGACAGACGGGCAGACGGACUGUAAGACAGACGGGCAGAUGGACAGUCAUACCGACGGACAGACGGACAGUCAGACAGACGGACAGACGGACAGUCAGACAGACGGACAGACGGACAGUCAAACAGACGGGCAGACGGACAGUCAGUCAGACGGACAGACUGACAGUCAGACAGACGGGCAGACGGACAGUCAGACAGACGAGCAGACGGACAGUCAGAAAGACGGGCAGUCAGACAGACGGGCAGACGGACAGUCAUACAGACGGACAAACGGACAGUCAGACAGACGGACAGACGGACAGUCAGACAGACGGGCAGACGGACAGUCAAACAGACGGACAUACGGACAGUCGGACAGACGGACAGUCAGACAGACGGGCAGACGUACAGUCUGACAGACGGAUAGUCAGACAGAUGGACAGACGGACAGUUAGACAGACGGACAGUCAGACAGACGGGCAUACGGAUAGUCAGACAGACGGACAGUCAGACAGACGGACAGACGGACAGUCAGAAAGACGGACAGUCAGACAGAUGGACAGACGGACAGUUAGACAGACGGACAGUCAGACAGACGGGCAUACGGAUAGUCAGACAGACGGACAGUCAGACAGACGGACAGACGGACAGUCAGAAAGACGGACAGUCAGACAGACGGGCAGACGGACAGUCAGAAAGACGGACAGUCAGACAGACGGGCAGACGGACAGUCAGACAGACGGACAGACGGACAGUCAGACAGACGGACAGACGGACAGUCAGACAGACGGACAGUCAGACAGACGGGCAGUCAGACAGACGGGCAGAAGGACAGUCAUACAGACGGACAGACGGACAGUCAUACAGACGGGCAGACGGACAGUCAGACAGAUGGGUAGACGGACAGUCAGACAGACGGACAGACGGACAGUCAGACAGAUGGGUAGACGGACAGUCAGACAGACAGGCAGACGGACAGUCAGACAGACGGACAGUCAGACAGACGGGCAGAAGGACAGUCGUACAGACGGACAGACGGACAGUCAGACAGACGGGCAGACGGACAGUCAGACAGACGGGCAGACGGACAGUCAGACAGAAGGACAGACGGACAGUCAGACAGACGGACAGUCAGACAGACGGGCAGACGUACAGUCUGACAGACGGAUAGUCAGACAGAUGGACGGACGGACAGUUAGACAGACGGACAGUCAGACAGACGGGCAUACGGAUAUUCAGACUGACGGACAGUCAGACAGACGGACAGACGGACAGUCAGAAAGACGGACAGUCAGACAGAAGGACAGACGGACAGUCAGACAGACGGACAGUCAGACAGACGGGCAGACGUACAGUCUGACAGACGGGUAG